AUCCGCAUUAUUGUUCUAGAACUGGCAGAGUUAACACACACCGUGUGGUCAGUGAACCUAUAUAUUGCCGAGGAAGUGGUCGCCCAUAGGUCAGUUAUUUGAAAGUCAGUUUAAGCGUAAGAGUAUUGAAAAAAGUGCAAUAUCGCGAAUAUGAGCGAACCAUACAAAGUCCUGGAUAAUCCCGAACUGGGACGAUACGCUGUAUCAGCGAAGGAUUUAAAAGCUGGUGAUGUGAUCUUGGAGGAAAUACCAUUCGCAAUAGGGCCAAAAGUGAACAGUUCGCCGUUAUGUCUGGAGUGUUGUUGCCCAGUUGAUGGCAGUGCGAACGGACCUAAGUGUUCUGACUGUGGUUGGCCGAUGUGUGAGGAAUGUAACGAAGAUAAGGACAACGUUGUGUAUCACAAAAAGGAAUGUGCUCUAUUUGUGAAAAGUAAAGCGAAGUUUCAAAAUGUUGAAGACUCUACCGCUAGCUGCAUGCAACUGGAUUGCAUAACACCACUGAGAAUGUUACUGGCCAAAGAAGACCACCCGGAGCGAUGGGAUGCGGAGCUUAGUGUGAUGGAGUACCACAACGAUGCCCGGAAGGACGGCACAACAUGGCACCAAGACCAGCAGAACAUAGUUGGAUAUCUGCGGGGUCCUUGUGGGCUGAAGGACCGAUUUUCCGAGGAAGUGAUACAACAGGUGAUAGGAAUUCUAGAUAUCAACGCAUUUGAAGUGCGAACGUCCAAGGGUUAUUCCGCGCGUGGUUUGUACCCCAAGUUGGGUGUAAUGGCACACUCAUGCGUGCCUAACGUCGUACAUUCAAUACAUCCUAGCGAUGGUUACAGGCUUAUCGGCAGGGUGGCGAUCGAUAUCCCGGAAGGAGAAAAGUUGUACACCGUCUACACGUACACUCUGAACGGAACCAGCACACGCCAGGCCGCUUUGAAAUCCAGCAAAUAUUUCACGUGUCGUUGCCCACGAUGCUUGGACCCAACCGAACUGGGUACCCACUUCAGUUCACUGAAAUGCCAGAAGUGUGAUAAUGGCUUAAUCGUAUCAUCCAAUCCAUUGGAUGACGAGGCGGAGUGGAGAUGCUCAAACUGUGAGUUCAAAACAAGGGGAGCUGCCGUGCAGAAAGCUAUUCAGGUUAUGCAAGCCGAAAUAGAUCAAUUGAGCUGCUUGGAAAAUGGACCAGAAAAACUUACAGCUUUCGAGAAACUCUACAAGAAAUAUCGUAGCAUACUGCAUCCGUUGCAUUUCAUAAAGACAUCCAUCCGACACAGUUUGAUUGAACUGUACGGUAGAGUUCCGGGAUAUGAAAUGCCAGAGUUGCCAGAUAUUCUGCUGGAGCGCAAAGUUGAACUCUGUCGGGAUAUUCUUUGGGUGUUGAACAUCUUCGAGCCAGGGAAGACUCGAUCGCGAGCGAUGAUCUUAUACGAACUUCAUGCACCGAUUGUUAUGUUGGCGCAGUCGCAGUAUCGUCAGGGCGUUCUGGACGGUAAUCCAUUGAAGGAGAAACUAAGCGAGGCAGCUCUUAUGCUUCAGGAAUGUUCUAGCAUUUUGGAAUGGGAGGAUCCGUAUUCACCCGAGGGCAUUCUAGCAAAUGUAGCUAAGCAAUCAAUGGAGCAGCUGAGAGAAAGUAUAAAAAUGAUCUCCUAAGUCGUCAUUUGUUUCAAUGAAAUAUUCUGUCUACUACAUCCAAAUGUGUAUGUACCUCACAAAUGUAUUAUCUAGUUUUAUGACAUAGGCAAUAAAAACCCGAAAUACAUCACUAUUUUUGCUGCCCACGUA